AUGGUUUCCUUCAUCCUCUGCCUUCUCCCUGCUCUCCUAGCUACAACGACACAAAAUGUGACAUGCAAACAGUGCUCCGGCUCCGCAGACUCCUGCCAGCCUGCAGAUGGGACCUGCUCAGCAGACACGGCUAAAGGCGGCUGCUUUACGAUAGCUGAAGAAAAUACACUGAAUGGGACAAAGGCCACUGGCCUCUCCAGAGGCUGUCUGAAUAACUUCACUGGUGUCAUAAAAGACCCCGUCACUGUCACUCUUGGGAAUGGCAAGUAUCUGCGUAUCAACAUCAAACAAUGCAGCACAGAGAAGUGUAACUCGGAAGUACUGACAGUGCCCAAGGAGAACACCACUGGGAACGGGCUGCAGUGCCCAACCUGCUUGUCUCUGAGCGCCAAUACCUGCAACAACCAAAUCACCCCUUGUACGGGGGACGAGACCUAUUGCAUCGAUUUUGUUGGGGAGAUACAGAAAGGUACAGAGAAAUCAACAUUUGCUGCAAAAGGAUGUGGUACUGCAUCUACAAAAGAGAUUACAGCUGGAACCUCCGUGGUUUCUGCAGUCUACGCAUACACGUUCACAAAGGCAACCUCCAAUCCUGCAGAGAAAACCACCACCAGUGGGGCCAGCCCGGCUCUGGGGAAAUUCUCCUUUGCCCUCUACCUGCCUGGCCUGACUGGGCUGCUGCUGGUGAAGCUGCUCUCCUGACCCCGCCCGGCACGGCCCACGCAGCCCCUGAUUCCUGCCCAUUGCAGCCUGAGCUAUGAAUCAUACAUUAAAUUCUAUUGAUUGCUUAUGAAUUCCCAGUGAUCACUGGGAGGUCUGACAGGUUCUGGGCCCUAGAUCCGUCCCAGUGUUACUAAAAUUGCUGUUCAGUUGGGGACCCCGAGGGGGCCGGUCGCAGCCCUCGCACUGGAGGAACCAUCUGUGUUUGUAAUCGUUGAUCAGCACAUGUAGCAGAGUCCCAAACGCUCCAGCCCAGCCCGGGGGACAGCGGUAAUACAGAAUGUCCCUCUGAACCGCCCCAUACUCGCACUGCCCCUUGCAGAACAACCGGAAAUGUUAGUCAUUGUCUUCCUCCUCACCAUCACCUUCCUCAUCAUCACCCGGGGCCAUGAUCCGGGCACCCCUCAAACGCUACAUCUUGCUCGCCUCCUGCCCACAGGCUGCGGUGCAACUUUUAUAAUAUGUUACGCUGGCGCCACUGUGCCUAAUGCCUAUUCAGUAGGGGCUUCUCCCCUCCUCCUUAUCUAUAUCUCCUCACCCUACCGAUGUCGGGGUCCCUUCUCCGGUAGGUUAGGAUGUUACUGAUCUCAACUUAUUAUCAGACAGUCAAUUCCUUGCCAUGGCCGGCUUGUGGUCAGACAUCUGCAGACGUUCCCAUCCUACAAUAUCCCAAAGCCGGUGUUAGCUCACGUCCCUGUGGCUGGCU